AUGUCAACAGUGAAUGAGACAGUGAAUGGCACUGGGGUGGAGGAGACAGCAUGGUCCCAGACUGAAAAGUCCGUUUUAGUGCCAAUACUAAGUGCUGAGAUGGUUCUUGGCGCUCUGGGAAAUGGGCUUGCUCUCAUUGUUAAAGUUGUGCGUAGGAAUCAGUUUCAAUGUAUAUACUGGUUUCCCUUUGCCAGUCUCACGCUCUCAGACUUCAGCUGCUCUGUCCUCAUCAUCUCUGGCUCCCUGUUGGCUGUUCUAACGGGAGGUCAGAGGUCACCGUGGUGUGAGUUGGUCAGUCUGCUCAAGUUCACCUUCAUGACUGCCUCUAUUGGAAGCAUAGCGGUACUCUGUGUCCAGCGCUUCUUGGGUGUUCCCUCCACAGGAAGUGGCCUGUCUGUCAUCAUGGCACUGGCCUGCUUGGCAUCCUGGUUGACAGGGAUUAUAUUUGGAGCAGUCCCAGUGAUUUAUGACUGGAUCAAGUACGACCCGUCAGAGAUGCUGUGUGCUGUGUUCUGGGAAAGCAGUUACUCAGACAUGCUGGUUUACAUCCUCUGUGCCUUCUCCAUUUCAAUCUUCAUCCCGUUUCUCCUCAUGCUCUUUUGCCCUCUCCUGACCUCUGCUGGAUGCUCGAAGAACUGCAGCCGAAGCCAAGAUGAUCUCUCUUCUGUCACUCCUUUAAUAGUGAUGUUCUACCUGCUCUGCUACACCCCAUUCGCCGUGUCAGAGUUGAUACUGCUCGGGAGGCUGGACCUCUCGCCAUCUCCUGAUUGGCUGCGGACGCUGUCGUCAGUCAUGGCUUACCUCGACUGUGGUCUGAACCCCAUCAUCUACUGCACCAAUCAGGACUUCCGGGAGGCGGUGCUUGGGUUGAUUUGGACCAGUCGAAAGUCGAGCCUUCCUGAGCCUGUUUUGACCAGUAUGAGAAAACUGGAGGCAUGA